AUUUGGCUUGGCUUGCCAAUGCGACGAAGCAGUGAAGUGGCUUGGACUUCUCGCUAAUUCACGUCACGAGCCUGGCGGGAAGAGGGCCUAGUCCCAGGCCAGUGGCAAUAUAAAGAAGAAGAAAAGCCCUUCGCUGGCAAAACCCGGAAAGCUUUGAAGACGAAGACACCGUGCGACGAUAUUAUGAAGACGUUGGUUACUUUGGCGCUCUUUCUGUUCGUUCGCGAUGGCUCAUGUAUGAUCGCCAAACAAAUCGAUAAGGAGACGAAAGAGGCCGGCCAGGAUGGGAUACUCAACUGCACUAUCGACAAAGAUCAGAUGGUCACGGGACAACGGUUUUCUUGGCAGAGAUUAGCCAACGAUGCCUACCCGACCAACGUUAUAGCAAUCGACACAGACAUCGUCACGCGAAACCCCCUCGGCGACGACGGGCGCAAAAAGUACCUCGUUACCAUAACUUCCCUAAAGGGGUCCUAUAUCUACUCUAUAAACAUUCGACGAUUGGUUGAAGGUGAUCAUGGGGAAUAUAGAUGUACGGUCAUGGUGUCCGGGUGGGCGACGGAUGCGUACCCGAGUACGACGGGCGAGCUUGUCGUGCAGCUCCCUCCUGGUGUUGAUGACUACGGCUCCGAUACGAUGGUACACACGUUCGAGGGGUCAUCCGCGGCUCUGCAUUGCUCUGCCGGGGGAGUCCCUGAACCGACCGUGACAUGGACUCGGGCAAAUGGCAAUCCGUUACCUGGGGGACAGCUUAGUUUCAAGGGAAACGAGUUGGUCAUUCCAAAGGUCGAAUAUGAUGAUGCCGGGAUUUAUAGAUGUACCGCGGAAAAUGGCGUCCGGCCUCCAGAAUGGCGGGACAUUCCAUUGGUGAUCUUCCACUCUCCGCGCAUGGACGCAUUUAGGAAAACGAUUGGACAGGCUGUGGAUAAAAACUAUGACGUAGAACUGGCAUGCAUAGUAUCAGGCGACCCAGAACCAGAACUGAUGUGGUACAAACAGGAUAAGCGCAUCACAGACGACCACAAGCACGAGGUCCACAAAAUCUUCGGCUUGCCCGGGCAAGGCCUCCGCUACGCGAGCGUCUGGUUCACUUUACGGAUCCAUAACAUCCAAGCUGGCGACUACGGCAAUUAUACAUGCAAAGCUCAAAAUAUAUAUGGCAAUGAUAGCGCCAACAUCACCUUAUAUUAUACACCCACAUGCCAGGGCUACGCCUGCAUGAGAUACGACCUCGUGGCAGCGGCACAGUCGAUUAGGAUGUCCGUAUUGUUGAUCUGUCUGACUUUUUGUGGACAUUAUCUAGGUCUAUCAUAAGACCGGCUAUGAUAGUCUCAUGAUUCAGGACAAGAUACAACUAAAACUCUCAGAUUGAAGAUCUUUCAAUUGUCAUAAUGAUUAAUCUGUGUGACAAAAAGGGGCCAGGUCUUCAGACAGAUAUAUAAAGAUUGUUGUACCCAAUAUCUUCCUGACAACUCUUUAAGUACAACUUGAGUACUACUUGGGACCACAGUCAUCUUAGAAGACUUGUGAUCCUCCCAAAGUCCUUUCUCUCAUGCAGAACGUGCCACCAAAAAGACAUCAAUAUAGCCAGGGUCUGACCAGGCUUGGCCCAGGGUGGCUCAUUGACCUUGGGCAGCCAGGUGUGGGCCAGGUCACACUUUUCCUAAGGGUGGAGACAAGGCCCACCCAGUAGAAACAUGGUGCACUACGUUGGGAGAGUACACAUCUAGGUCAGACAGAGUACGCAUAGUGAAGCGGCAUGGCACAUCCAGCAAAGACUUGGUACACUCUCUGGCAACAUGGCGAGCUAUGAAUGGGAGGGCACAUCCAGAAGAUAUAUGGUGCACUACUGUCUCAUUACAUUUGCAAGAACGUCUUUAAAAUAAAAUGCAUUGGGAAUUCACCAGUUUGUUUGUAUACAUAUAUAUAUGUACAUGCCAUACAGCAA